AUGUCUACCACAAAGGAGCAAGAUGAACACAUGAGGAAAUUCAAAAACAAAGGAAAAGAUAUUGCAGAAAUCCGUAGACGAAAAAUUGAAGUCAGAGUUGAACUUCGCAAAGCAAGGAAAGAUGAACAGAUUUUGAAGCGAAGGAACAUCUGUUUUUCGGCUGAAUCCAGCCUGUCUCCCGAGAAAGAUGAGAAGAACAUGGUAUGCGUUACUCAGAUCUCUUUGAUAGAUGUGGUUGAAUUGAUCCAGUCGGAUGAUCUAUUUCUUCAGCUGAAGGCGACCCAGGCAGUCCGGAAGAUGCUGUCCAAGCAGAAGAACCCACCUGUCAGUAAGGUCAUUGAAUCUGGAAUCAUUCCUAAACUGGUGGAGUUCUUGCAUUAUCACGAUACUCCCAACUUGCAGUUCGAGUCUGCCUGGGCACUCACCAACGUUGCUUCAGGAACCUCCGAGCAAACCAAAGCUGUGAUAGAUGCCAAUGGUAUUCAGGGCUUGGUUGACCUUUUGUCCUCUCCUCACAUCCACAUCUGUGAGCAGUCGGUGUGGGCACUCGGCAACAUUGCCGGAGAUGGACCCAUGUGCCGAGAUACUUUGAUCAGCUUCGGUGUAAUCCCACCAAUUCUGUCCCUGGUGAUGCCUUCUACCCCGGUGGGCUUCCUGAGGACCAUCACUUGGACCCUGUCCAAUCUCUGCAGAAACAAAAAGCCCCACCCUCCCCUGGAUGCUGUGAAGCAGGUGCUUCCCACCCUCACUUGCCUCCUGCAACACCCAGACAAGGACAUUAUCUCUGACACCUGUUGGGCGAUGUGCUACCUGACCGAUGGCUCCAACCAUCGCAUCCAGGUGGUGGUGGAGGCCGGGGUCCUCUCUCGGCUGGUAGAGCUCCUGUUCACCACCGAACUGUCCAUUCUGACCCCAGCUCUGCGUGCUCUAGGCAACGUGAUUGCCGGGACAGACGAACAGACCCAGAUGGUCAUCGAUGCAGGGAUCCUCUCUGUCCUGCCACAGCUCCUGCUUCAUCCCAAGGCAUCGGUCCAGAAGGAGGCCGCAUGGGCUUUGAGCAAUAUUGCUGCUGGGCCGUGCAGCCAAAUCCAGCAGCUGAUCACCUGCGGGCUCCUUCCUCCUCUGGUGGAGUUGCUAGACAAGGGAGACUACAAAGCCCAAAAGGAAGGCGUUUGGGCUGUGGCCAAUUUCACAAUGGGUGGCACAGUGCAGCAAGUGGUGUCGAUGAUCCGGGCUGGGGUCAUGAAACCUCUGCUUAACCUGUUGUCCGCCAAGGAUAGUAACACCAUCCUUGUGAUCUUGGAGAGUCUCAGCAACUUCUUCCGGAUAGCUGAGAAGUUGGGUGAGACAGAAAAAUUGGGCCUUCUAGUUGAGGAGCUGGAAGGCGUCGAGAAGAUUGAAGCUCUCCAGACUCAUGAGAAUAACAUAGUCUAUCGCGCUGCCCUAACCCUCAUUGAGAAAUAUUUUUCUGGAGAAGUAAGUGGACGCUGCCAUCAAAUUCCCAAGUUAUUCCUGAAAAGCAUAGCUUCAAAGGAGAACUAACAGUAUCCUAUCAGCUGGGAAAUUCCUUCUCUACUCAAAGAACAUCUGGAAACGACUAGCUUCUCUCCACAUUUUUAACCUCAUUGAGAACAAUCCCUGAUUAACUCCGUUGCGGAGAUUUCAAAACUUUCCUGAGAGUUGUUUGGCUAGUUUGUGAAUUGUCGUAAAACAUUUGCAAAAUAGCUGACAUUGUUAACUUGGAUUUAGCCUGUGAUAUGAACUUGGCCCCUGCUGUUUAUUCAAUAAACCAUAGUUAAGCAAAGUGUUAUUUGCAUAAUGGAAGGAACUGUGUCCUAAGAGACAAAGGCCUGAUUCCCACUUUACACUAGUAAGUUCUGGUUUUGUUCAGUUUUGAUUUUAUAUGUUGGACAAAUGCAACUACAGUAGUUGUAGUUUGCUCCACAAAGGAAAAGUAAAGCAAUACUUGGCACAAUCUCCAAAUUUGACCUGUGAAAAGUUGCUUCUGGUGUUAGAAUAGAAUAGAAUUCUUUAUUGGCCAAGUGUGAUUGGACACAAAAAGAAUUUGUCUCUGGUGCAUAAGCUCUCAGUGUACAUACAAGCCACAAGUGAUAAAUCCUGAUUAUAAUCAUAAAACACAAUAAUCAUAAAUCCUAUUUCUGGGAGGGAUGCUAUGGAUUGAAGAGUUCCCCAUAAACUUUCAUCCAAUUAUAAUGCUUGGAAUUUUGGGGAUGGAGGCAUGUGAGUUAAAGUAACAGGUUUGAAAAGUCUGCAUGGAAAAUGCUGAAAUAUUUUUUUCUCUUCUCUUUCUCCCAUCGAUAUUAGGAAGUUGAAGACAAAAACCCUGAAAAUGAAGAGAAGAAAAGUCUGCCUUUUGCUGAUGAACAGCAGGAUUGUUUCAAUUUUUGAAAGAGCUUAGCUUGUUGCAUGCCUUCAAACAUGCUGAUAGAUGGUCUUUUUGGGU